AUGGCCAUGACUUGGCAGCGAAAUCUAGCUUCAGCAAACACCACGACUGUAUCAAACGAAAACUGUUUCGUAUCUAGCUCUCACAUAACAAAUGCUUUUCUUAGUUUUCAAGACAUGCGCAUGAAGGAAGAAAAUUGCGACAUCUUCAUCUGUAUCCACGGGCAACGUUUCCCAGCGCAUCGAGUUGUUUUGGCGGGAACAUGUAAGUUUUUCCGUGAAAAGCUUGUAGCCAAGCAAGUCGACGAAGAAGAAAAGCCUCCACAUUUUAAAGAGCUGGAAAUUCCAGAGCAGUUUGAGAAACAAAUCGUUCACAGUGUGUUAGAUUUUUUGUACACGGGAAAACUGGUUUUGAAUUUUCUUCAAAUGAACGAUAUGCUACGACUUCUUUGCUACCUUCAGGUAAAGUAUUUUUUAAUAACUUCAGGGCCUUGCUUUGCGUUAAUCAGAAUUGGCUGACCAGGCGAGUCCAGGGGUAAAAAGAAUUUCACUAUUUAUAAGGAUUAGCGAGCCAUAUCAGUUUUUUCCUAGAUAGUAUGCACGGCAGUAAAAGGUUUUAAGCGAAAACUCUCGAGAAAGGCCUAUUAUAUUUUCAAAAUGAGGAAAGCGCACUAUAUCACAAAAUUUUACAGUAGUCCCUUCUAUCUUUUAGAUUGAAACACCAUAAAACAACAAUACAAGACUAAAAGAGAGAGUACGUCUUCACAUUACUUCAAAAAAGGACGUUUAAUUGGAUACUUUUCUUCAUUCACUUUUUCACUGAGCUAUUAAUCUUUAAUGAGUGUGCUUUAAUCGUCGGCAAGUUAUUGUCACGUUUCUUUGAUUUUAUUAUAUGGCAACAAUAGUACGCGUGCUCUGAUUGGCUCUUUUAUUGUAAUGACCAGGCAUUGUUAGCUAGGUGUUCAAGGCAUAAACAAUUUGCGUUUAACUUGAUAAUGGACAUCCUUAUGGAGAUCCAUGUUACGGCCAAUUGGCAGCUGUCAAAAGGGUUAUUGCUGACCAGUGUCAGCUGACUGUAACGCGGGCUCAAGUCGUCAACUCAUUGAGAUGACGUAUUUUUUUGUAAUAUAACGGGGGGCUCCUCUGGAUCCGCCAAUGCACUGUACCUUAAUACGACAGAACUCUGAUCACAAAUGAGCGACAAAAUGCGAGAAAUACGUUAAGGAAUAUUUCAAGUAAAGACAAACUUCCACCCUCAGCUUACUACUCAGCUUUCCAGGCUGGGCAACCUGCUCAAUCGAGAUUAUUUUCCUUGAUUUUGAUUGGUUAGUAUUGGCAUGGUGAUGAUCAAUCAGAAUCAAUGUAAUAUUUAUUGACAAUACAACAUGGGCUGUACCUACCGCUUAUUUUAGCAUUUAGAGCGAAAAUUUUCUCUGUUAGGUCGUCGAAUCGUGUUAACUUCAACCUUCAUUCCCGACUGUAGAUCGACGAAGCUAUUCUUGCUUGCGAACGUUUUAGCAUUGAACACCUAAGAGCAAACAACUGCAUCAAAUUUGUAGAAUUAUCGGAAGACCUUGACCUUGGACAACUGAAACAAAAAACAAUGGAAUACAUAGAAUGGAACUUCACUCAAGUUGCCAAAGAAAAUGACUUUGUCCAUUUAACAACCGAUCAGUUAAUUUCUCUGCUGAGGAGCAAUAAUCUGAGAGUCAAGCGGGAAGACAGAGUGUAUGAAGCUGUGUGGAAAUGGUACAAAUAUGCUCCGGAGAUGCGGUAAGACAAUGCUUUGACCAGGAGCCCAUAACGUGGAGUGAGUAAGCAAUAUUCAUGUACUAGCGUCACGACGUUUUCACCGAUCAGUUUAUUUUUAGAACGAAUUUGAAACGUAUUUAGAAUAUCUUUCAAGUAUCACAUUUUCAUGGGCAAAAGUGCUCGAAAAUGAAUCUUAACCCUGUAAGCCCUAAGAGUGAUCAGCAUCAAAUUUCUCCUUGUAAUAUCAAUGCUUUGUAAAACACAGUGGUCAUGAGAAUUAAGGACAUGAUCACACAAGAUGAAUUUGCUUGAUAUUUUAUCAACUUCUCCCCACUACUUCUGUAGGAAAUGAAUAGGGGCAACAAAUGAGAAUUCAAAUUUUGAUCUUAGGGUUUAAAGGGUUAAAAUAAACCAGUCCGUGAAAACGCCGUGACAUAAGCCUAUCAUGGGAGUUUCUCCGGCUCUGGGUCACGGACUCUGCUCUUACACAAAUUUUUUUUUUUAUUGUUAACGCUUGCGAUUGCUUUAAUGAUACUGCAUUGCAUUGCACUAACAUUACAUCGGUUUUUGAUUUACUGGAGAGUCUUACUACACUUUUUCAAAACAAAUUUUUUUCAUUGUUAACCCUUGCGAUUGCUUCGAUGAUAUUGCAUUGCAUUGCACUAGCAUUAAUUCGGUUUUUGACUUACUGGAGAGUCUCGCUACACUUUUUCAACCUGCAGAUUUUAAAAACUCAAAAUACAAACGAUCGCUACUUAUUUUUGACGACACACAAUUGAAUUUCUUUUACCCACAGUUCACAUUUUUCAUUUUUAUUUACUGCGUAGUAUGGUAUACUUAGGAUUGUUUUAUUGCUUUACGUAGAUUAAAAUGACCUCCAGGUGGCGAGUCACCUUGUAAAAUGCAACUUAUUUACCUGAUAAAGUCUUUCUUUGUUUUUUUUUUCUCCUUUGUUUAACCUUUUGGCAUCCUCAUCAUCGUCAUCAUUAGUGUCAACUUCAACGUCACCUUCAUCACUAUCAUCAAUAUCAUCGUCAUCAUCACCAUCGUCAUUUUAUCGUCGUCAUCGGUAUUAUAAUCAUCAUCACCUUCACCAUCAUUAUGACGGUACGCAUCAUCAUCGUCAUCAUCAUCAGCAUCAUCGUCAUCAUCAUCAUCAUCGUCGUCAUCAUCAUCAGUAUCAUCAUCGUCGUCGUCAGUAUCAUCAAUAUCAUCAUCAUCGUCACCAUGAUCAUCAGCAUCAUCAGCAUCAUCGUCAUCAUCAUGGUCAUCAUCAUCAUCAUCAUCAUCAUCAUCAUCAUCAAUCAUCAUCGUCAUUUCAUCGUCGUCAUCAGUAUCAUUAUCACAAUCGUUACCAUCAUGAUCAUCAUAGUCAUCAUUAUCAUUAUCAUCAUCAUUGUCAUCUUCACUAUAAUUACCUUCCCCCCAAUUCUGUUUUCUGUUGGGCGCGCAAAUCAGACAACUCAGUUACUUUAUCUCAUUAUCACCAGUAACCAAGAUUUGGUCUCGGUUAUGAAAACCGUGCGGUUUCGCCAAAUGACCACAAAAUUUCUCCGUACUCGAGUGAUACCUGAGCUAGUAGAAGGAGAGGAGAAGUGUCGCCAAGAAGUAGAAGACGCGUUGACUGCGAGACGCUUUUCACGAGAGGACAAAGACUUUGGAACGCCAAGAAACUCAGGCAACAUGGUGUACAUUUUCAGCUCGAAAACAAGCAAGUUUGACUUGUUUGACAAGGUUCAUAACGCAUGCGUACCCUGUCCAGAGAUAACGUGUUCCGAUGGAAUCAAGGACCUCAAUAAUUACCGCCGUGCAGUUGUGGUACAGGAUGAAUUAUACGUUGUUUCCAAGAGGGAAGUGAUCAGGUUUAAUCACGUGACGAGAAAAUGGACUUGGGUUGGAGAUGGUAAGACAUGCAUGUGUUACUAACUGUAUCAAAGGUUCAUUUCGUAGAGCGCAGAAUUUCUGGGUAACUGCCCACCUACCCCUCCCCUGAGUCAACAUUAACACUUACUUCUCACUUGGGGCAAAAUUGUGACUUAGGGGAGGGGUAGGUGGGCAGCUUCCCAGAAACCUCAGUUGAACCCUUUUAGGAUCGAAUAAACAUGAAACAAACGUCAAAGCAGUGUUUAAAGCACUCAUUUGACUACUUUUCUCACGGAAAUAUAAGCUCCGGAGCGUAUGGAUUGAGCAAAAGUAUUUAGAUAUGUAAUGUCAACUCCUUGGAACGCGCACAAAGUGUCCGUCUAAGUGUGAUGCCCUUCUUUUAGGGAGUCAAAGAAAGAAAGCAUGGGCAGGGACUAAUUCUAGCUGUCCGUUUUACCGAGGUGUCAGUCUCAUAGAAAUGCUCGUUAAGAGAGAGUCGUCUGUAAAACGAUCGAAAUAUUAGUUAAACGCAUCGUUUUCCGGCCUUACUGGUAUUUCGACUGGUUUGCGAGACUCCUCUGGUGGUUAACAAUACAUCGAUAAAUUCAUGAAAAAGUUUACUGCAGGCGACUCUGUCUUAACGGACACCUCUAUAAAAAGGACACUUACAGUUGGUCACUGCCUUUCUUUACUCCCUUCAUUUGACUCUCCAUAAGAUGAAAAAAAAAAACACUCUUAGACGGACAUUUCUUGCUGCCCGUCACAAAGAUGUCCGUCUUCGAGAAACUUGACCGUAUUUCAUGUAUUAUAUACUACUACAUGAGAAAUUUAUGCAAUCUGAUUGGCUUAGAGCAGUGGUAUUUCAGCUUAAUUUGAAAUACCUACAUGUGAAAAUUACAAACCUUUUGCAGGUAUUAGUAUAAACAAAUAAUAGCAUGAUUGGUAGUGAUAUUUGGCAUAAAUACAACUCGUGGUAUUUCAUAAUUGUCUCAAAUUUUACUCGCCUAACGGCUCGUGAAAUUACGUAUAACAAUUUCGAAAUAUCACUCGUGGUAUUUAUGCCAAAUAUCACUACAAAUCAUGCUAUUACCUAUACAAAGAGCUAAGUACUUGACAGUCAGAAUUUAAAAUGUCCUUCAGUUUUGCAUAUCUUGCAUAUUUACUCGUAUUCGACCACCAUGUGCCUUAAAUGACCUGAAUUUGGUGCACCAAGGGUGAUCACUUACUAAAGAGCUGACUUUCGUUGCAGGUCGCAGUGUCCGCGAGGCUGGUGUUUGUUCGGAACGAAACAACAUAUACGUUACUGGAGGAAAGCCUGAUGAUAUGGCCGCACACGUAUUUGAUGUGCGUUUUGGUCAGUGGUCUUCUUUACCUGAGAUGAUAAGGCCACGAAGGCGUCAUGGUAACAGACUCUUACACGUGACUUAACAAUAGAAAGCUUUAGAUUGUGAGACGAGAACGACAACGAGUACAAGAUUUUCUCAGUAGUGAGUAGUGCUCAGCGUGAACCAGAGUCAUUUUGGCGGGAAGACUUGGUAGCCGUCAUCAUUCUAUCACGAGUUUUAGGGAGAAUGUUGUAGUGGCGGGAAAAAGUUAUCAAAUGUAAGACGUUUUAUGAUUUUGCCAUCGGGAGAGGGUUUAACCUCCUUCAGUAUAAAUAACCGUACUAACGUUUUUGGUGAAAAAAAAAAAAGUAAAAUGAAGGUUUCCGGAUUGUCUUUUUUGGAGAACACGAGCACAAACUUUAAGUUAAAUCUCGUACUGGUACUCGUCCUCAAAUCUAAAGCUCUCUAAUAAUAGGCCCUUUGCAGCUAGCCAUUCACGGGGUACAAAACCGCCAUGCUGGAGAGCAAAAGUCGCACUGAGACAAGACAAAUAAAAGGGGGAUUGGUUAUUUCCUUGAAUGAAUGAAUGAGGAGUGAAGAGUACGUGGAUGAGAGGACAACAGACGUGCCCUCUUACGAUACAUUUUAACAUGUGAACAGUAAGCUCGGACGUCAGCAAACAAAGGUGCCACUGGCAGCGGCUCUCAGUCCAUUUAUAAGCUUACUGUACCCACCCAACCCAUGAUGUGAAUGAUGUGGUGUGUGUAGGUUGACCACAACACCGGGGUCUACGUCCCCUACUCUUUUCGAACAGUGGUGUGGGUUCUUUUACUUACCACAAGAACCAGGUAAGUGUAAGUGCUGUGAGACGGGACCUACGGUUUUUGCGUCCUUGUCCGAGAAGGCUAGAAAGUCUAACCGUUUGCAGAUGGCAUUGCAAAGGUAGCACUUUCUUCUCAGUUAUUUAAAGACCCUUAGUGUUGGUCCGGCACGGUUCGAACCCAUGAUCUCCCGCUCAGCAGACCGGCGCUCUUCCAACUGAGCCAACCAAGCGGUGGUUUUUGUUUGACUUGUCCCAGUGCGACUUUUGCUCCUCUCCAGCAUGGCGGUUUUGUACCACGUGAACGGCUACCUGCCAAGGGCCUAUUUAAGGUGGCUCUUCAGUAUCAUCAUGCAUCAUCAGUCUGGUCCCUAAAUAUGCAGUGUUUAUUCACAACUGUACAUUGCAAACCUCCUUGCUACAGUAUUUUCUCGUAAUAUCAAUUGGCAAUCUCAAAGUCAAACUCCUUGGUAAAAGUGUUUAUCAUAAUUUACCUGUAACCCACAUAUAUAAGAACCUGCUUGAUCUUGCUUGGCUAAACUAGUUCUUAUAUUUUUGCGUAUUAAAGUGCCAAACUUCUGCCAGCAGGUUCUUAAGCCACUAGGUUCUUAUUAGCGGGGGUUUACUGCAUUGCUCUUAAUCUAUUAGGUGUCACCAUUUUGAAAAAUAAGAUAUACGUCAUUGGAGGCAUUAAUGACGAUGGACUACUGACCACUAUGGAAAGCUACAAUGUCAAAUCUCAAAAAUGGAAACAAAUGCCGGGACUCCUGGCGCCUCGCUUCAGCUUUGGAGUCACAGCAUGGGCAGGCAGUAUCUUUGUAUAUGGUGGAAGGAACGAUCGCCACUGCCUUAAGACAAUGGAGAUUUAUCACCCUGAUCCUGGCGACAAAUGGAUUUUUGCUCCCGCGCGAUUACAUGACGCAAGAAGCGAGUUUGGUUAUGUGGUCUAUGAAAACCAAAUCUAUUGUUUUGGUGGACGGGGUGUGUCCACGAUCGAGUGUUAUGAUUAUGUGAAUGAACACUGGAGGGUUGUGGGAAGGGUCGGCGAGAACACUUAUUCUAUAAGUUGUGUCCUCUAUCCUCCACUCAGUUUUAGUGAUGCCCCUUCUUUAUGCCUAGUUCCUACCAGCCAAGAGGGACAGACGGGCACUGGAGACAAUGAAUGA